GGUUCGGCAGUCUUUGCAGUAGCCCGCAAGGCCUGAUGGUAGUUUAUGCAGAGCAGAGACAUUUGACAAGUCAAAGGGAGAAGGGUUCCUAAUUUACGGCCAAAAAAACAUGAUUUGACGCAUCAAAAUCCCAUCACUGGGACUCUAGGUGUUUCUAGGAUGCUUUCUUCCAAUAGCAAAAUGAAAAAGAAGAAGAAAUUCCGUGCUGUGAGCCAGAAAAGGAAGAUUUUUCGAUCGAACGAUCCACUGCUCGGGGUUCUGAUGUGGGGAGUGAAUCACACGAUAAAUGAACUAUCUCACGUCAACGUCCCUGUUAUGCUGAUGCCUGACGAUUUCAAAGCCUUUUCGAAAAUUCGUGUGGACAACCAUUCCUAUAACAAAGAGAAUUUACCAAGUCAUUUCAAAUUCAAAGAAUAUUGCCCUAUGGUGUUUCGACACUUGAGAGAGCGAUUCGGGGUUAAUGAUCAAGAAUUAGCGAAAUCCUUCCUUGAGUCACCAUUAGCAAGUUCUUCACAAGGGCGCUCUGGAGCAAAGUUUUUCACCUCAAGGAAUAAGAAAUUCUACAUCAAGACCAUUGAAAGUGAAGAAGUUGAAAGAUUACACACUUUUUUACAGGAAUAUCAUCAUUAUGUUGUCAAGCAGCGUGCAAAUACUUUGCUACCACAGUACUUAGCGAUGUAUCGGAUAACUGUUGAUGGCAAAGAAACCUAUGUCUUAGUUAUGAAAAGUGUGUUUGGAAGCAGACUAAAAAUACACAAGAAGUAUGAUCUAAAAGGAUCUACGGUUGAUCGACAAGCUAGUAACAAAGAAAAGUCAAAAGACCAGCCAACAUUUAAAGAUAAUGACUUUACUAAAGAUAAUGUAAAAAUUGUUGUUGGUGAUGAAGCUAAAGCUGAUCUUGUAGAGAAAGUCAAAGAUGAUGUAGAGUUUCUCACAAGUUUAAAUAUAAUGGACUACAGUUUGCUCCUUGGAAUUCAUGACUGUGAGCUCGCAGAGGCAGGAGAUGCAUUCGACGAGGAUGAAGGAGUUGGUGACGAAAGUCGAUGUGAAAGCAAUGAAGAAAGUGAUCCCGAUUCCCCACAGGAGGGGGAACUCUCAGCAUCCCCCCCUGACACACCUCCCGCUACAGAUGAGGACAGAUUUCGCUCACUGAGUGUCGGUAGUGACUGUGAUGAUAAAGAAGACGAUUUUAUCUUCUCUGUACACAGUACAGAAGGUGGAAAGAGAGAAAUAUAUUUCAUGGGUAUUAUUGAUGUUCUCACGUACUACGGUGCUGGGAAAAAAGCAGCCCAUGCUGCGAAGACAGUAAAACAUGGGCUAUCAACAUCAAAGCCAUGGAGAAGAGUGUCACUAAAUCACAAUGAAGGCAAUUUGGCUCCCAAUCAACAUUGGGCUGGAGCUGAGAUUUCAACAGUUAAGCCAGAGAAUUAUGCUAAAAGAUUUCUUGAAUUCAUUGAUAGAAUUGUAGAAUAGUUAAAGCUCUUCUUGAAUUUGUAAUUAAAGCAUUUAUCAAAAUUAUGUCAAUAAUUAAUAUAACUAUUUCUCUACAAAGUCAUACCUUAGUAUCUAAAGAGUUUAGGAUGACUUGAUCAUUAACUUGAUAAGAUUGUUCUGAAACACAUUUUGGACUGCUAUGCAAACAGCCCAGUCAAAAGUCUCAACUUACAUUUCUUAAAGCACUUUUAUUUUGAUAAAAAAUAUUAACAAAGUAGCUCUAUCAGGAAAGCAAUUUAUAAAAUUUUCAUUCAAAUCCUGUAUGUACAGUUCUGGUCACCAAGAGCUGGUAGUCUUGCCAAUUAAUGUGCUAUUUCACAAAAGCGCCAAUUCACAUUUAACAUCAUCAACUAUAAGCUUUGACUUUUGUUUGGGCUUGUUGUGUAGCAUAUGCUGUCUCAAGAGUUUAUUGAGAAAGCGAUAGAGAGGGAAAAAGAUAAGUCGAGAUUUCCUUCUAUACAGGCUCUUCUUCUUUGCCCCUUUCUCUCAAUCAUGUUAGUGACUAUUUUACAGUUUCAUCUACAAAUACAAUGUAGCUACAGCAGUAAGUCUUCUUAGUUCAUGAAUUACUGUAGUUGCGUUAGUUUUAGGCAAGCUUUGCUCUUCUAAAUUAACCAGAAAUUCAUAAGGAUUUGAAUUCAUCCUCCUAUAAUAUUCAAAAUGGACUUGAUACGUUCCUCAAAUUCAUUCAAUUCUUAAAAGAGGAGGACAUUUUAAAAUGUCUCUGACAUAGCACGAUUAAAAAUUGUUUUUGAAUCGCAUAUGAAUUACUGGUUUGUGUUGCAUUUUUGGGAGUUGAUUUCUGUUGUUCUUUGACUGGAAUUCAUCCCCAAAAAUAAUUGUUAUUUUGUAGAGACAUACAAAGUUUGCCAUUCUUCUGCAUGCAUUGCAAAAAAAAAAAAAAAAACCUUCUAUAAUACUUACAAGUAGUUUUGCUUCAAAUAAUAAUUAGAAUAGUCCACUCUGAACUUAUUUUUACUGAUUCAAUGAUUAAAAAUGUAGAUUUUGUAUAAUUGAAGUUUAUUUACAUUGUGAACCCAAGCAAUCUUUGCCAAAGAAAAAAACACUGAAAGUGGAAAAAGUAGUUUCUUUUUUUAUAUUGUUUUAUUUCGCCAUUGUUGAACAUGAUUGCAUAUUUACAUGUAGAAGGAUUUACAAUAAAGUUCGUUUCAACCCACA